AACAAAGGUCAUUUAUUCUCUGUAUCUGUGUGUUGUGUUUGCUUUUUUGAUGCAUUGUUUUGCUAAAGCUUGUGUAGAGAAGGAGACAGUCCCAAGGAACACAUUGUGUUCAUUGAUUUGAUCGCAUUUCUUUUAAAAGUAGGGCAGCAUGGUAGGAGAUAAAAGUUUGGUGUGUGUGGGAGAUUUCAAAUGUCAAGCAGCAAGCAUUCUGCAUAAGAAUGCAUUGGAUUACUACUGCAGUGGAGCUGGAGAGGAGUUCACACUGGGUCUCAACACGGAUGCAUUUCGAAGAUUGAGGAUCCGUCCACGGUUUUUGCGUGAUGUAUCUUGUCGGGACCAGUCGAUCACAGUGCUGGGGACAAAGGUGGCAAUGCCGAUAGGAAUCGCUCCAACUGCAAUGCAGCAGAUGGCACAUCCUGAUGGAGAAUGUGGCAACGCAAGAGCUGCUGGUGCAGUGGGUUGCAUCUUCAUCUUGAGCACAUUGUCCACAAGCAGCAUAGAGGAAGUGGGAUCAGCUGCACCAAACACCAUCAAGUGGUUCCAACUGUAUGUCUACAAGGACAGGGAUGUGACACGCAAACUUGUGAAGCGUGCAGAACAAGCAGGUUUCAGAGCUCUGGUUCUGACGGUUGAUGCUCCAAUGUUUGGAAUCCGCAAUGCAGAUGUCAGGAACAAGUUCAAACUUCCACCACAUCUCAGUCUGGCAAAUUUUGAAGGCAUCAAAGCAACUGGUGUAAAAUCUGAAUCUGGUUCUGGUAUUAGUGAGUAUGUUAACCAACUGUUCGACCCAUCACUGACCUGGGAUGAUGUUAUAUGGCUGAAAAGCAUCACACAGCUGCCUGUGAUCCUGAAAGGCAUUCUGACAGCAGAUGAUGCCACAAUUGCAGCAGACCUGGGUGUAGCUGCCAUCCUGGUGUCAAACCAUGGUGCUCGGCAAGUAGAUAGCACUCCAGCCUCAAUUGAAGCCCUGCCGGAAGUUGUGAAAGCAGUAGAUGGGCAGUGUGAAGUUUACUUGGAUGGAGGAAUAAGACAGGGUACAGAUGUAUUCAAAGCAAUAGCACUGGGGGCAAAAAUGGUGUUCAUGGGACGUCCAGCUCUAUGGGGUUUGGCCUGCAAUGGAGAGGAUGGAGUGAAGUCCAUCCUCAAUAUCGUGAAGACUGAAUUGGAUACUGUUAUGGCCCUUACUGGUUGUGCUACUAUAAAAGAUAUAAAGAAGGAGAUGGUUGUUCAUGAGUCACACUACAGUCACCUGUAGGUGUGAACAGCACUGAUCAUCCACCUGCAUCAGUGCUUCUCAGUUCCUGAGGUCAUGGAACAUAUUUCCCUAUAUUGUAACCUUCUGAAGCAUGAAAUUCGUCAAAAUAAUAUUAAAAAAUUCAAUUCCUUCCUCUCAGGGAACACUGCAGCUCCAUUACACAGACCAGUCAUUUAAUCCUGUUCGAGGAAAUAAUCACUUUUUAUUCUGAGAAUCAUACAAAAACCCAUAAAUGCACUCUGUUAACACAAGUGUGGUAUAUCCUGGUGAAUCGAAGCACGCCUGUGGUCAGAUGCAGACUGUCUGGCUUCAUGUACCACUUGCUUCCAAUCUACACCUACUCCACAGUCAGGAUAACACAACUUUCUGUUGGAGAACUAUGACAUCUCAAAGUAGAUCAUUUUGGGGCCAAGUGUGGUAUGAAAUUUAGUAUUCUGUGAUUCUUUGAAGUGGAGAAGAAAGGUAGUCUUAAAGUAAGUAAAAGUAAAGCUAUCCCUGUAACGGGCCGUGAAGGCCCAUAGGGUUGUGAGACAUCGAGGGCCCC